CGGAAUCGAAGCUCAAGAGCGUGUAUCCAGCAAGACCUCAUUUGAAAUGAUUCUGGAACCCUCCACGUUAUUUCCGUGAUCCAGUUUUGAGGUGCCCUGUACACGGUUCCACUUAUGAGCAGCGUAAUUAAGCAGCUUUCCCCAGUUCUGUAUUCGUAAGACUGAUCUGAAGUAAUGUAGCAUGACCCCAGGAGCGAGUCGGCGAAGCGAACUGGGGUGCGUUUCCCGAAGCCUUCUUAAAGCUUCGUCAUUCUGUCUGCUGUAACUGAUGUCUCCCCCAAGGGAGAAGGAUGGAGUGCCCCCAGUGCAGGAGGGAAUGUGGGCAGAAUGACAGGUUCUGCAGUGAAUGUGCCUACAAUCUGCGCUCUGCAAAGAAGCCAGGGACGAGGAUGGAGUGCCCCCAGUGCAGGAGGGAAUGUGGGCAGAAUGACAGGUUCUGCAGUGAAUGUGCCUGCAGUCUGCACUCUGUAAGGACACCUGUCCCAGAAAUGCAGCAUUUUGGUUUGGUUGAAGACUGCAAACUGCAGGACUGGUCUGUCAUUGGAGCUGGGGGUUUCGGACAGAUCUAUAAGGCCAAACACAAAGAUUUGGGGAUGGAGGUGGCAAUCAAACUACUGCAUUAUGAUGAUGGUUCCAGUGCAUCUCUGCAGAAGGAGGCUGAGUUCAUGCAGCAGGGUGGGGGCCCAUAUGUGGUGCGUGUUUUUGGGGUGUACCGGGGGGUUCCCCCCGGCAGGGAGCGCUCGAGCCAGAUGGGCCUGGUGAUGGAGCUGAUGGAGAGGGGGUCUGUGGAGUCCCUCCUGAAGAGGCUGAGGGGCCCUCCUCCCUGGCCCCUGGCCUUCCGCCUGGCUCAUCAGGUGGCUCUUGGCAUGAACUUCCUGCACAAGCUUUCCCCCCCACUGCUGCACCUCGACCUCAAGCCCAGCAACGUGCUGCUGGACCACGGCUUCGGAGCAAAGAUCACAGAUUUUGGUCUGGCCCGACUGAUGCGCAGUAUUUCCGCCCAGCGGGGGGAGGACGGAGGCACGCUGAGCUACAUGCCCCCUGAAGCCUUCCGAACACCCUACAAAGCCACGCCCGCCUCUGACUCCUACAGUUAUGCCAUCCUGCUCUGGUCUAUAAUCACUGGCAGGGAGCCCUAUGGUGAUGCUGCGUUAGGCAGGAUCCGGCUUUGGGUCCAGGACGGGGACAGGCCCAGUCUGGAGGGGGUGAACAGGGCAGCAGUUGAGGGCUUGGGGGAGAACAUUGACCUCAUGGAGAGAUGCUGGGACCCCAGCCCCCAAAAACGCCCCUCUUUCCAUGACUGCCUCCCAGUGACAGAGAAGGUGUUUAAGCUGCACAGCCAUGGAAUUCAUGAUGCCAUCCAUCAGGUGUCCAAAGCACUGGAUGAAAAGCGAGAGAUAUCUCCAAUACCCAAGGGUACAGCUUCACACACACUGUCCUGCUGAUGAACACACUGCCAUUUCAUUCCCAACAAACACACUGCCAUCUCAUCCCCAACAAACACACUGCCAUUUCAUUCCCAAAGAACAAACUACCAUUUAAUUCAUGCUAUUUCACCACUCAGAUAAUCAAUAAACCAAUCAAAAAAGCAAAAAAGAACCCAAAAUAAAAGAAGUGUGCCCACAGUUUGACUCGCUCUGACACAGAGGCUGCCUCUCCUGGAGAGAGGAGGGAAUGUGUGUGUUUGGCCUCUCCUGGAGAGAGGAGGGAAUGUGUGUGUUUGGCC